CUAGGAGACAACUAGUUUGGUUAUGGCUACAUUGUGGAGGUCAAUCACUUCUUUCUCGCUCUAAAGCUCCUUUUCAAUGCUACCGCACUGCCGCAUUACGUCAUUCGAAGACUUUAAAUCAAAAGCUCUGGCUUCAAAUAUCGCUUACUGCUGCAACACGACACUUGCUCUGCAUUUAACAGCCUCUUUUUGUUACAAGCCAUACUCGUUCUCAUCUCUUCUUUGACCCCAAUACAUAUAAGCAAUGGAGCCCCGACAUCCACCCUUCAAAAUUGCACGCUUUUCAGACCUGGGGAUUGGACUUCAUUCCUGGAAUAUGGAGAACAAUGAGUGUAAUGGAAGAGAAGAGUCAUCUCCAAUUGGGCUAGGACUUGAGCUUGGAAGUGGGUCUGGUAAAAAAUCAACUAGCACAAAAUCUUGGGGUUUCACAAUUUUUCAGCUUCAGGAGCUACAUCUCCAAUCUCUUAUCUACAAGUACCUGGAAGCUGGGCUUCCUGUGCCUUACCAUCUUGUUAUUCCAAUAUGGAAGAGUGUAGCUAAUUCCUUUAGCAGUCUCAGCGGUGGUCUCCAUCAACUCUUUCCUAGCUUUUUGCGGUCUGGAUCCAUGAAUUUGGAGAUGAGGAAUGGGUUGGAUUCAGAACCAGGGAGAUGCAGAAGAACGGAUGGGAAAAAAUGGAGAUGUAGCAAAGAAGCUAUUCCAGAUCACAAGUACUGUGAGAGGCAUGUAAACAGAGGGCGCCACCGUUCAGGAAAGCUUGUGGAAGCUUCAGCGCGUACCGGCAUGAAAACCACCGUUAAUGCCAAUAUCAAUCUCUCCAUCUCACUCCCAGUAGCAAAUAGCACCACUGCUUAUUCUCCAAAGAGUGUUCGUCUUCAACCGUCUUGACUGUAUUCAAGCUGUUAUGUAAUGAACUUAAUGGGCAUCACCAUGAAUUCAGCUUACUUUUGCUUUAAUAUGCAACU